GGGCCGGCGGGACUAUUUGUUUCCCGUGGUGCGCGGCGCAGGCGCCGCUGUGUGCUGCGUCACGGCGCCGGGCCGCGCUAGUCUGUGCGUGGCCGGCUCGGGGUGCGGACGCCCUCCGCCAUCAUGGCCUCCGCCACUACACAGCCGCCCCCCCCGCCCACCGCCUCGGCCGCUCCCGCCGCUGCCACGGCCGCCCCGGCCACGGCCGCCCCUCCGCCGCCGCCCCCCGCCGCUCCGGGAAUCCUUAUCGGCGACCGGCUUUACUCGGAGGUGUCGCUGACGAUCGACCACUCGCUGAUCCCCGAGGAGCGCCUCUCGCCGACUCCCUCCAUGCAGGACGGCCUGGACCUGCAGUGCGAGACCGACCUGCGCAUCCUGGGCUGCGAGCUCAUCCAGGCGGCCGGCAUCCUCCUUCGUUUGCCGCAGGUGGCGAUGGCGACGGGGCAGGUGCUGUUCCAUCGGUUCUUCUACUCGAAGUCUUUCGUCAAGCACAGUUUUGAGAUUGUUGCGAUGGCCUGCAUCAAUCUCGCGUCCAAAAUCGAGGAGGCACCUCGCCGAAUAAGGGACGUGAUCAACGUGUUCCAUCACUUGCGGCAGCUAAGAGCCAAAAGGACUCCAAGCCCCCUGAUACUUGAUCAGAACUACAUAAACACCAAAAAUCAAGUAAUCAAAGCAGAAAGGAGGGUACUGAAGGAGUUGGGAUUUUGUGUUCAUGUCAAGCAUCCACACAAGAUCAUUGUUAUGUAUUUACAAGUCCUAGAAUGUGAACGUAACCAAACCCUGGUACAGACAGCCUGGAAUUACAUGAACGACAGCCUGCGGACAAACGUCUUUGUGCGCUUCCAGCCGGAGACCAUAGCUUGUGCUUGCAUCUACCUGGCUGCCCGAGCCCUGCAGAUUCCCCUCCCCACCCGACCUCACUGGUUCCUGCUCUUCGGCACCACGGAGGAGGAGAUCCAGGAGAUCUGCUUAACGACUCUCAAGCUUUACACCAGAAAGAAGCCCAAUUACGAGUUUCUGGAUAAAGAAGUAGAAAAGAGGAAGAUGGCACUGCAGGAAGCUAAGCUGAAGGCAAAAGGCUUGAAUCCAGAUGGAACUCCAGCACUCUCAACCCUGGGUGGCUUUUCUCCUGCAUCUAAACCCUCUUCCCCAAGAGAGGUCAAAACCGAGGAGAAGUCUCCGGUGUCUCUGAACACCAAACCCGUCAAAAAGGAGCCAGAGGAGCGGCAGCAGGCUUCCAAGAGCCCCUACAACGGUAUGAGGAAGGAAAGCAAGAGGAGCAGGAGCAGCCGGAGCGCGAGUCGGUCGAGGUCGCGGACAAAGUCGAGGUCUCGCUCUCACACUCCCCGCCGGCACUACAACAACCGUCGGAGCCUGUCGGGCACCUACAGCUCGAGGUCGCGGAGCCGGUCCCGCAGCCACAGCGGCAGCCCGCGGCGCCACCACAACCACGGCGCCUCCCCGCACCUGAAGGCCAAGCACGGCAGGGAAGAGCUGAAGAGCACCAACAGACACGGCCACAAGAGGAAAAAAUCCCGCUCCCGUUCCCAGAGCAAGCCCAGGGAGCACUCGGAGGCCGCCAAGAAGCACAGGCACGAGCGGGGCCACCACCGGGAGCGGCGGGAGCGCUCCCGCUCCUUCGACAGGGCCCACAAGGGCAAGCACCACGGCGGCGGCCGCUCGGGGCACGGCCGGCACCGCCGCUGAGCCGCCGCACUGGCGCCGAGCCGCCGCCGGGAGGCACCGGCAGGGAGCCGGCGCGCAACGGACUGACCGCGCCGGGACAGCAGAGCAGCAGCUGAGGCAUUAAAGCGACCCCAGGUUUCUGAGGCACCGAGCAGGCUGCUUUCCUUCUGCCUUUCUUCUCUCGUUGUUUUGAUUGCUUUCUUCUCUUGGGUUGCUUUUGGUUUUCUUUGCCUGGCUUCCUUUGGGGUUGUUUUUCCUGUUGCUUGUGGAGCUCUUCUCUGGGUUGGGCUU